AUGCUUGCCCGAAUCAAAAACUACAUCGCCAAAAAUGGUUUUGCACGCGAAUCGGAAAAACGAGCUCCUAAAGAAGGCGGCGAAAAGAAGUGCAAAGUCUCGAAGAUACCACGAUCUCUUCGACGUUCGAUUGGUGUUUCAUCAGGCUCUGGCGGUGGUAUCAAAAUGAGCGGACUCGACAUCGAUGGAAUCGCCGAUGAUUUCGUCUCAAGUGGCAGCCACAAUAUGGGACGAUCGAUUUCGCCGUGUCCUUCGGUCAGCCAUCAAGGCGAUCCAUUGCUCCCCGUUGCCGAGAAUUGGUGUCAUACGCAGGUGAAAGUUGUGAAAUUUAACUAUAUGUGGACAAUCAACAACUUCUCGUUUUGCCGGGAGGAAAUGGGCGAAGUGCUGAAAUCAUCGACAUUCUCCGCCGGCAGCAACGACAAACUCAAAUGGUGCCUUCGGAUCAAUCCGAAAGGUCUCGACGAGGAAUCGCGCGAUUAUCUUUCGCUCUACCUUCUUCUCGUUCAAUGCAACAAAUCCGAGGUGCGCGCCAAAUUCAAAUUCUCGAUUUUGAAUGCCAAACGCGAGGAGACGAAAGCGAUGGAAUCUCAGCGAGCUUAUCGGUUUGUGCAGGGAAAGGAUUGGGGAUUCAAAAAAUUCAUUCGACGCGAUUUUCUACUCGAUGAGGCCAAUGGACUUUUGACGGAUGAUCGGUUAAGCAUUUUCUGUGAGGUUUCCGUUGUCGCUGAGACUGUCAACGUGACCGGUCAGACCAACGUCUCGCAAUUGUUCAAAGUGCCACCAUGCCGACUCGCCGACGACCUCGGAACGCUCUUCGAGAAUCGCACGUUCUCCGAUUGUAAACUCAUCGUGAAAAAUGGACGGGGCAUCCCUAAUCAGAUCUUUUAUGUGCACAAAGCGAUUUUGGCCGCCAGAUCCAAGGUUUUUUGUGCGAUGUUCGAACAUAAUAUGAAAGAAGCUGAACAAAGCGAAGUCAUAAUUGACGAUGUUGAGCCGGAGGUGAUGCGAGAGCUCCUCGGAUUCAUGUAUACUGGAACUGCUAGAAAUCUGGAUCAUAUGGCGCAGAGUCUAAUCGCAGCUGCAGAUAAAUAUAAUCUGGAUCGGCUGAAGGUGAUGUGUGAGCAGUCGCUAUGCCAGGCUCUUACCAAUGACAAUGCUUGUGUUACCCUUGUGCUAGCUGAUAUGUAUUCUGCGGAUCAGCUCCGAGCGCACGCGAUUAAUUUUAUAAACGUGAAUGCGACAGAGGUGAUGAGUAGCGAUGGAUGGCAUGAUCUUGUCAAAUCGCAUCCAAAUCUCCUCGAGGAGGUUUUUCGCGCACUUGCUACCCAACAAACGCCGCCGGUGGUGCUCGUGCAGCCGCCCAAAAAGCGUCAGAAGCAUAAUCAAUUCUGA